CACAUGACUCGCUGGUGUCGAGCUGCGGAAGCGAGCUGACUGUAUCCGCGAUGAAAAUGUCCGCAGGAUUCGUGGAAGUCAGUGAAGCGGAGCGAACCUGGACCGAGAUGCACGAUCGUCCUGGAAACACGGAUGUUACACAUCUGGAAUGGCUGGAGUAAAUAGGACACUAAAGUAAGGCAGGACAGGAGUGCAUCUGUUGUCCAGAUGAAGUGCCUGCUGAUAGCCAGUGAGAGCGCCGAGGUUCUCUUCCACUGGACCGACCCAGAAUUUCAGCAGAAUGUCCAGGAGCAGUAUGGAGCAUCUCAGGAGGAGGGCCAGGGGCUUCCAGCCUUCGAGGACAGCAUCAACACUCUGUUUGCUCCCAUCAUCAUCUCCUGCAGCACCAUGGUGGACAGGCUCGGCGACAGUUACGCCUGCUUCACCACAGAAAACAACCACACCUACGUAUUGCACCAGUUUGACGAGUGCCUGUACAUUGCUGUGAAUGGAGAUGGUGAGGAGGGAGAGGAUGAUCUGAGGAGGAAGAUCUAUGUGAUGAAGAAGAUGAUCGAUGUCCUCUUUGGCAUGGUCACUCUCAGCAGUAACCUCCUCAGAAAAGAACUGCGUCCUCAGGACACCGAGCAGAGAGCACAGCUGUGGAAACGGCUCCAGAGCCUGCUGGAGACCUACAGCCGCCUUCGUGAGAAUGACCAGAGCUUCUUAGUGGAGGCGGUGGAGAGGCUGAUCCAUCCCACACUGUGUGAGCAGUGCAUCGAGUUCCUGGAGCGCCGCCUGGUGCAGCAGCUCAACAGCAGUGCAGAGAGGGCGGGAGAGGAGGUGCUGCAUGCCUUCAUCCUGGUGCACACAAAACUGCUUGCUUUCUACUCCAGUCGCAAUGCUAGCACGCUCACCACCUCAGACCUCCUGGCCCUCAUCAUCAUGGCACAGAAUAUGUAUCCUAGUAACAUAGAGCUGGAUGACCCAAGCCCCGAGGAUGUGGAGAGCACUUCUGGUUCGGGUCCUGAAAUCUUCUACACUCCAGAGCCCUCCCCAACAGACAGAGACUCAAGCAGUUCAGACAGGCCAGGCAGAGGGGGCACUCCUGUGUUUGAGUUUGUGGACCCAGACAUACAGAUGGCAGAGGACAGCUUGCAGACUCUAGAGGUUCCUCCGCCUGACCCUUCAACCCCAUGCAGAGUCUUUUUGGAGGUCUCGCUCAAGGAGGGCCUUUAUCCCAUGAUGCCUCACUCCAUGUACUGUCUACCACUGUGGCCUGGGAUCACUCUGGUGCUGCUCACUAAGAUUCCCAACAGUGGAGUGGCCAUGUCAGUGUAUUUGUUCCUGGAGGCCUUUGCCAAGCUGGAGAAGCGUUUAAGUGAAGGCCAGGAGGGCUCUGCUGUCACAAGAGGCUCACCUCCUAUUCAUGACUUCCGCAACAAAUUGGAUAAGUUCAUCAAAGCCCUGGGCCCCAGCGACAUACAGUCGUCUCAGUUGCAGAAUGUAUGGACUGAUUUCAAGAACCGUGCCUUCGCCAGAGGAAGACCUGGGUUCAACAGAGAGCUGAUCCCAUGGUGUAAGAGUAUGAAGAUGCAGCUGUGCGGUGUGUACAGGCAGUGUUUCCUUACUGACACCUCUGGACCUGCAGACGUUCCCCAGCGUCUGUCCCCCAGCCUACAGGACCGAGCUCAGGCCAUGGUGCAGGAGAAGCUGAUGGACUGGAAGGACUUCCUGCUGGUGAAGAGCAAGAGGAAUAUCACGAUGGUGUCGUACCUGGAGGAUUUCCCAGGCCUCAUACAUUUUAUCUGUGUGGACCGAUCCACUGGCCAAAUGAUCGCCCCGUCACUCAACAUCACAGAGCGCGCCACCUCUGAGCUGGGGAAGGGGCCACUGGCACAUUUCAUCAAAAGCAAGGUUUGGGGUCUUGUCAGUACAACACGCCGCUAUCUCCAGAAAGGUUACUCCACUGUCACAUUGCGAGAUGGAGACUUUUACUUCUGCUACUUCCUCUGGUUUGAAAAUGAAACUGGUUAUAAGUUAGAAGCGGCGGACCUGCCCAUCCUAUCAGAUGACUCUGCUCCCAUCGGAAUGCUUGCCUGGGACUACUACAGGAAGCUGCUACGGUACUACUGCAAGAAUCACCAGGGUGAGGUGGUGAAGUGCUAUGAGCUGCUGACCGUUCAUCUUGGAGUCAUUCCUACCGAGUACAUCCUGCAGCACUGCAGACAGCUGGCCAGCAAGCUGUGGGAACCUUCCCGUAAUCCCCUUCUGUAGACAAAUCCACACACUUGGACUGAUAAAGGCACAUAAUUGUUGUAUUGCCAAGAUAAAAUGUACAUUUAUAGCUGGUGUCUUUUGUGUGAAAAUGUGUAUUAAUGUCUCUUACAGUGUAAUCAUGCACAUCUACAGUACAUAAUAAAUGUUUCACUACUGUACUUAAAGUAUAUUAGUUUAUGAGUCCUUGAUAAGAUAAUUUGACAUAAUGUGGGUAGUUUUAUGCACUUAUUUAGUUUAUGAUGAGCACUUUUUUUAUGAUUAAUCAUUUUCGAUACCACCACUGUGCACCUAUGAUGUUUGUUAAUAGUGUCACUCUUUUUGGUUUUGUAAAUUUUAAUAUAUUUUUGAAUUACACGGUUUCCUUUUUAAUAGAAAUGAGCUGAUUUGGAAGCUAUGCAAGAGUCAAAUUGUGUCACAACCCUUUCACUUUUAGAGCCAUCCAAUGAUUCAGUCCUUUUACAAAAGUUAUCAUGUGGUUCCUGUUAUUAAUGAUGUAGGAACAUUUAUUCACUAAUACUGCUUAUGUUGUCACUACUAGUAUGUUUUAGCACAUCUGUUUUGUUCCAUUAUGCUCAUUCGGAAGGACUAGAAACAUGCAGUAUGAUUAGGUCUCUCCGAGUGUUGAUUUGCUUUAGAAAUACUGUAUGUAUUUUUUUGCGAAAACAGAAGAAAAAUUGUCACAUCCUGUUUAUUGAUUCCUUGUGAACAGAAAAUUGAAAUAAUACUGUUUUGAACUAUUCAGUUCAUUUGCUUAAAGCCAGCCAGUGACCAUCUCUGCGAUGUUCCUGUGCAUAUAUGUGUGAUGUGAUAAUUAUUCACCCAUGUGACAAUUACUGCAGUUGAGUGAACAGCUGGUGAUCUAAUGAGCUGCCCAAUGAAUUCAGAGGAGGAGGCUCAACCCUUGGGCCGUGCUGGCUCUAUCUCGCCAUUGUUUAUGAUUCCUCCCAGGUCUGGAAAGCCUAUUACAACUUAAAACACCAAACAUGUUUUCACCCAAUACUCUGUUACUCCCUUUAACUAACUUCACAUCUUUUCAUUAUCACAAAUUUUACUCUUUUCUUUGUAAUUUGUAAUGCAUAAGGCUCAUUUACCCGAGAAUAUAUCACUCAUUUAGAAUAAAAUGAAACACAAUGUAUAAGUUAUUGUGCCCAUAGUUUAGGCCAGAGGAAAACAUGUUGAGUGAAAAUAAUAAUAGUCACCACUGAUUGGUGUGUUUCAAACUGUGGCCAGGAUUGUUGUUUUAAAACCUUUUAAAUUUUGAAAAAUUCUGCCACAUAAUGACAUCUGUUGUGUUCCUGGUCAAAACUGAUCGAUAUGAUUUUACUUCCAAGGAUAAUGACACAGAUUCAACCAUCGUCUUCAUAUAAACAGUUACUGUAAACAUUAAAA